AUGGGUGAGACACUUAUCACAACUCUGUCUAUGGAGAAUUAUCACCCGUCGACGCUGUUGUCAAUGGAUUCAGAUGCUUUUACUCAUGAGGAGUCAGAGAGGGAGAACAACAACAGGUCGCUUUUGCUUACGGGUCCACCUGAUAUCAACCUACCGCUCUCAUCUGACGCAAGCCCGUUUCUGUGGAAUGAGCACUGUGAUAUCUUAGAGGUGGGGCUUGGGGCUCAGAUUUAUGAGCCUGAGGCUGUUGUUCAUGUCCCCAAGGUUGCUAAGAAGCAUAACAAGAGGGUUGAUAGUGCUUGGGGUGCUUGGCUUUUCUUUAGCUUUUACUUUAAGCCGGUUUUGGAUGAUAAGUGUAAGAAUAAGUUGAUGAGGGAUGGUAAUGGGUUGUCUGGGUAUGAUAAGUCUGAUUUGCAGCUUGACUCUUUCUUGGUUCAGCAUGAUAUGGAGAAUAUGUAUAUGUGGGUUUUCAAGGAGAAGCCUGAGAAUGCGCUUGGGAAGAUGCAGCUGAGGAGUUAUAUGAAUGGUCAUUCGCGUGAGGGUGAGAGGCCUUUUCCUUUUAGUGUGGACAGAGGUUUCGUACGCUCUCAUAGGAUGCAGAGGAAACAUUACCGUGGUCUUUCUAACCCACAGUGUCUCCAUGGAAUCGAAGUUGUUCAGUCACCAAACCUCUCUGUGCUUAAUGAGGAUGAGAAGAAGAAGUGGAUGGAACUCACAGGUCGAGAUGUGAACUUUGCGAUUCCCCUUGAGGCUAGUGAUUACGGUUCAUGGAGGAAUCUCCCAACCACUGAACUGGAGGCUGAGCGAACUCUUCCUCAGGCUAAAGCUAACGGCCACCUUAAAAAGCUCAACGGUACCUUUAUGACUCUCUCUACACAUUCACCAAACCAUGCAGCUGACUCAGUGGAAGCACAAAUCGCUUGUAACAACAACAAACGCAAAAGAGACUGUCUCGCGUUAGGAAACUGCGACGAUUCAAGCUCAAGUGAGAAAUCUCUAGACAUGAAAAUAAACACAACAGAGCUGCUGCCAUGGUCAAAUGAUUUCACUGGGGUGAUGAAGAAUGUGUAUGGACCAGUCACAGCUGCGAAAUCGAUAUACGAAGAUGACAAAGGGUACUUGAUAAUUGUGAGCUUGCCAUUAGUUGAUCCGGAAAGAGUGAAAGUAACGUGGAGAAACACACCAACACAUGGAAUAGUGAAGAUAUCAUGUACAAGUACAGCAUGUGAGCCAUUCAUCAAGAGACAUGACAGGACAUAUAAGCUAACAGAUCCGACACCAGAGCAUUGUCCACCAGGAGAGUUCGUCCGAGAAGUCUCCCUACCAAACCGGAUUCCAGAUGACGCCAAGCUUGAAGCUUACAGAGACGAGACAGGAACAACGCUAGAGGUUAUAGUACCUAAACACCGUAUGGGACCAGAGGAGCAUGAGGUUCGCGUCUGUCUCCGUCCGUUUAUGCUAGAGUGA